UGUGAAAUCCCCAGUUCCCUCACCUGCAAAACAGGGUGAUUUCCACAUCUGAAUGUAUUCAAGGAUCGAAUACACCUUUGCUCACCACAAUGCUUGACCUGCACUUAGCAGAUGAGAAGCUGGUGCUUAUGUUAAUCCCUGGCUCUAGUCACUCACUGCCCCUCCUCCAGAGACAAAGAGGUCCUCUGCAGUGCAGAGCAGAGUGCAGGAUUCCAGAGUGGAUUAGUUUUUGGUGUCACUUAAUCCAGGCGACCCUUCUGCAACUAGAGCCCUGCUUCCCCCACCAGCUCAGAGCCUGAGGGAUGGCUGGGCACACAGGCACCUGUCUGCUGCUGCUGCUGCUGCUGCUGCUGUGGGUGGUGUGCUGUGGGUGUUCGGGGUCCACGGGCCUGAGUGGCUACACCUCCUCAGUGGAGGUGGCCAACGGGGGCCCCUGGGGCGACUGGGCCUGGCCUCAGAUGUGUCCAGAGGGAUUCUUUGCUAGCGGCUUCUCACUCAAGGUGGAGCCCCCCCAAGGUACCCUUCUGGACGACACGGCUCUGAAUGGGAUUCGGCUCCACUGCUCGCGUAGGACUGCAGAGUGCAACACACACCAGGUGGAGUCCCAGGCCGGCAGCUGGGGCGCCUGGAGCCAGCUGCAGUGGUGUCCUGAUGGUAGCUUCCUCGUGGCCUUCUCGCUCUGUGUGGAGGCUCCAGGGGCCUUCGGGGACAACACAGCAGCCAACAACGUGCGCUUCCGCUGCUCUGAUGGUUCAGAGCUGCAGGGGGCAGGCCUGCUAUGGGGAGACUUCGGGGACUGGAGCGAGCCGUGCCCCAAAGGUGCCUGCGGCCUGCAGACCAAGGUCCAGACACCCAGGGGCCUCCUGGACGACACUGCGCUCAAUGACGUGCGUCUCCUCUGCUGCAGCGGCUGAGCCCCUUGCCCUCCUCUGCCCCAGUCAUUAAAGCUUCCCCAGGGACUGGG